UGUAUGCCGGGAACUCAGCCCCUGGCCACUCAUCUUUGCGGAAGUUUUGCGCCGAUGGGGAGGGGGGGUGUCAGCUGUAGUGCGUCAGUGCUGCUCUGGCUGCGGCGCGCCACUCAGUCGGCGACAUCAUCGUCGCCGUCCUGCCGAGCGGCCCCCGCUCUGGCACUCUUUGCCGAACAUCAUGACUUCACACCGUGGAGCCUUCGCGACCUAGCGUGGGUGGCGCGCCUGCUCGCCGGUCGACCUCGUCCUCAUGGCUUCGCGAUGCUUCUGGCGGGGCGCUCGCUGCUGCCGGGCUCGCAGUGGCGUGUCGCUGAGCGGCUCUUUCGGUAACGGAGGGCCGAUUGGAGCUGCUGGCGACUCUUGCUGUGGGCUGCUGCCGCGGCCUGACGUGGCGCCGGGCUCGCCGAGCGUGAACAGGGGCACGCUGCGGCGGGAGCCAGGACCGGCGUCUUCCGGGCGGCGGCGGCUGGAGCUGUGGGCGCAUCUACACAGUGGAGAGACCUGCUUGGCGAAUGCAGUCUGGCGAAGGCAGUCCAGCGAAGGCUGGCUGGCGCAGGCCGACUAAGCGAAGGCUGGCUGGCGCUGUCUGCUGUGCUAGGGUGUUGCGAGGCUGUGUGGACUUGGUUGGGCGGUGGGCGUGCCUGCACCGCCUGCGCUAGGUUGCGGGCGCUGUGGCUUGUGCUGUCUGGUGGGUCGGACCGGCUGAUCCUCGUGGUUCAGCGAACUUGCACGGCCCUAGGCCGUCUACAGGAUGCAGCUUCGGGCUGCACCCAACAGUGUGAGGGCCCUGCCCUGUUGGUGCUGGUGUUUUGGGGUAGGAGUUGCACUUUGCAAAGUGGCAGUCAGUCUGACGCCGACCCGCGGCUUAGGUGAGCAGCGCUAGCGUUUGCGGUGAGCCUUGCUCGGGGUUCCUCCCCUCCUUUAGUGAGGCGAGGAGCAUGGGGGUCAUUCGAGGUUCCCUCCUCGAGUGUGCGUACGUGUCUCGUGCGUUUAUGGAGCCCUGGCUUGCCCGUGGCUGUCAUCCCACAUGUAACCUCUAUUCGCU